AUCAGCCACUGAGUACCCAGUGCUGCGCGGGCUCCCGGACACAGAGCCCGCUCGCCCUACCGGAGAUCUCAGCCACCCCAAACAGGAAAGGCGGGACUUUGGGGGCGGAUCGCGCCAAUCAGAGGAGCUGCGGGUGGUGAUUUGGGCUCCAGGUGGUGGUUCUGCGCCUGCGUCUGAGAGUUUUGAGUCCGGAUGGAGGGUCCAGGAGCUGCAGGUGUUUCUGCCCGGCGGUCCCCCACGAUGUGGCGGCUGCAGGUGGUGCUGGGCCACCUGAGCGGCCGGCCCGAGUUGAGACCCGCGCCGCAGGCCGCGCGGUGCCUGGGGGUCUCCCCACGCGCAUCGGCCGGCGACGUGGUGGUGGUGCACGGGCGGCGCACGGCCAUCGGCAAGGCGGGCCGCGGCGGCUUCAAGGACACCACCCCUGACGAGCUCCUGUCGGCGGUAAUGACCGCGGUGCUGCAGGACGUGAAGCUGCGGCCGGAGCAGCUGGGGGAUAUCUGCGUGGGGAACGUGCUGCAGCCUGGGGCUGGGGCAGUCAUGGCCCGUAUCGCGCAGUUCCUCAGCGGCAUCCCAGAGACCGUGCCUCUGUGCACCAUCAACAGACAGUGCUCGUCGGGCCUGCAGGCCCUGGCCACCAUCGCUGGUGGUAUCAGAAAUGGGUCUUAUGACAUCGGCAUGGCCUGUGGGGUGGAGUCCAUGUCCAUGGCUGAAAGAGUGAACCCUGGAAAUAUCACCUCGCGCCUGCUGGACAACGAGAAGGCCAGAGAUUGCUUGAUCCCCAUGGGGAUAACCUCGGAGAAUGUGGCGGAGCGGUUUGGCAUCUCCCGGGAGAAGCAGGACACCUUUGCGUUGGCAUCGCAGCAGAAAGCGGCCCGAGCCCAGAGCCGGGGAUGCUUCCAAUCCGAGAUUGUACCAGUGACAACCACGGUGCAGGACGACAAGGGCGGCAAGAGGAGCAUCACUGUGGCACAGGAUGAGGGCAUCCGCCCGGGCACCACCAUGGAGGGCCUAGCCAAGCUGAAGCCUGCUUUCAAGGAGGGUGGCUCUACCACUGCCGGAAACUCAAGCCAGGUGAGCGAUGGGGCGGCUGCUGUCCUACUGGCACGGAGAUCCAAGGCUGAGGAACUGGGCCUCCCCAUCCUGGGCGUUCUCAGGGCCUACGCUGUGGUAGGGGUCCCGCCUGACGUCAUGGGCAUUGGGCCUGCAUAUGCCAUCCCUGCAGCUUUGCAACAAGCAGGGCUGACCGUGAAUGACGUGGACAUCUUCGAAAUCAAUGAGGCCUUUGCCAGCCAGGCCGUCUACUGUGUGGAGAAGCUGGGAAUCCCCCUUGAGAAGGUGAACCCUCUGGGGGGUGCUGUGGCAUUGGGCCACCCCCUGGGCUGCACAGGGGCGCGCCAGGUCGUCACACUGCUCAAUGAGCUGAAGCGCCGAGGAAAGAGGGCCUACGGGGUGGUAUCCAUGUGCAUUGGGACCGGAAUGGGAGCUGCUGCCGUGUUUGAGUACCCCGGGUACUGAGUGAAGCCCAGACACAUCCUGGUGCCUCCGCAGGGUGUGCCAGCCAGGGGGAGUGGUCCCCCAGGCAUGGAUGCCAAGUGCGAAUCUGAAGGGUACCAUGCAGCGAUCAGCACUAUGGAUAAGGCACAUCAGUCGAGCUGCCCAGGGACAACACCUUGUGGACAAGGGAGGCCAUGGCUACAGUAAACGACAUCCUCUGGGGGUGUGGCUUCC